AUGUUUAGUUCCCCCAGUCUGUGAUGAAGAGCUGUUGGGACUUUUCAGUUUACUUUCAAUGAAGUUACUUUAAGGCAGCAUGUUUAAUACUAUGCACCAGAUGACUCUGCUUUUUGUUCUCCUUGGAGGAUUCUUGCUGUCAGGGGUGCGACAGGUCAGUGGGAUUCAAAUUUACACUGCAGGUGAGGUGGAAGCAGUCAACGGGACGGAUGUGGAACUGAAGUGCAGGUUCAGCUCCAAUUAUCCUGUGUCACUUAGGUCCGUAUCAGUGGCCUGGUACUUCCAACGCCUGCAUCCAAGACCUGAGGAGAUGAUAUUCUACUAUCAUCACAAGCCGUACCUUCCAACUGAAGGGCAUUUUAGACGCCGUGUGGUGUGGUCGGGGGAUGUUAUGAAAAAGGACGCCUCCAUCACCCUGCAGCAGGUGUCUCAAACCAUUAAUGGUACCUACAUCUGCAAGGUGCUCAACUUACCUGACGUUUACGGCAGGACCGGAGAGGUUGUCCUCAGAGUUGUCGACAAAGCUGCAAGUUUUAACCUAUAUGACUGGUUCGCGAGUUUGGUGUCGAAAUGAGCUGUGGAGAGUGUUGUUGGAGUUUUAUUAUUUAGUAAUUCAAAUUUCCAGGUCCAAGUGUUAUGAUGAGACUUACAGUAUUAGAACUAGAAAUGAGGCACUGGUACAAUGUCAUGUUAUAAGCAGUAGAGGACCUACUUUUUGUCAUUUAACUUUAAGCCUGACGGACAGACACGUGUACGUCUAUAAAAAUGUGCUGCUGGUAUGAAAAUCUGUGUGGUCUUCACUGAGCCUCGUUUUUUGUCAGUGCUCUUCUUACCAUCAUUAUGUUCUUUGUUUUAAAAUACUCUGUUUAUAAGCUUGUAUCAAUUAUUGCCAUGAAACAGGUGUAUCUGUGUCAUGCUCAAGAGCACCACAUCAGGCUGCAUGCUUGCUUGAUGCUGAAUCAUUCAGUUAUAGGACUGUUUGUUUACCCACAGGGCAAGUAAAAGCUCAUCUGUUUAAUAUUAAACAACUUUAUUUGAUUUUA